AACAGUGGCAAUCAUUUCCCUUCUUCUUCCACACCAUGAAGAUUAGCACUAAAAUUCUGCUCAUACUUUGUCUUGCCAUAGGCAUCAUUUUCUUGUCUCUUUAUGAACCUGAGCGUAUUACAGGGCUCGACUAUGAUGUUCGCGUCAUCAAUGGCUUCACAAACAACUCAUCGCUGCCUCUAGUUAUAUGGUGCUCGUCCAAUGGCGAUGAACUUGGUGGCCGUGCCCUCCAGGAAGGUGAUGACUUCAGCUGGAGCCUCAGGACCAACUUCUGGGGCAAUACUCAUUACUUGUGCACGAUGAAAUGGGACGAAAGGAGGAGGCAAUUCGAUGCGUUUAAGGUUUCUAGGGAUAUUUAUCGUUGCAGCCUCUUCAGGAAAUGUUCUUGGUUGGUGAGAGAAGACGGGUUUUAUUUCAGUAAUGAUGAAAUAAAUUGGAAGAAAGACUUCUCAUGGUUAUGAAGUUUGUUCUCCAAGUUUCAGUUUUGUACCUCAGCUGUAUUAUGUUAUUAGAUAUAAAAUCACCAAUUAAAUCAUGAGGUUUGAUCAAGUUUUGUUGCAUGAAUAUAUGUAUUAAUGUCUUUUACUUCAAUUUUUCUUUUCUUAUAUAGAGAUGCAACCACGAUGGAUCCAUUGUAGGGCUUCUGAUCGAUGUUUUGCCCCCAGUCUUGAAAACAUAUGCUGCAUGAAAUUGUUGUUCAGCUUUUCUGGUUUGUAUCUGUAGAUGUAGGAUG